GGUUCGCGCUUGGUCACCGUGGUGACGGUUACUUGAUACUUCAUGGUGAUAUUUUUUUUUAAUUUAUAUUAAUAACACCUUUGUUCAUGUUAUUAAAGUGAUUUCUGUUGAUAAAUUUGUGAUGGCACAGACGCUUGUCUGUUUACGAUACUUUCUCAUCGGUGGUGCUAUCGUUGUUGGAGUGUGUGGUGUAAUAGAAAGUGUUUGCGCUGGUUAUUUCAUAUAUCAGUUAUAUGAAUAUUCACCCCUCACCCCUAGCAAUGUAUGUGGUUCAACAAUAACGCUACUCGUGAUGGGUCUGAUAACGUGUAUGAUAGCCUGGUGUGCUUGGCAAUUCCUAGAUUUUACGAAUAGGGGCCAAGUUAUGAUUUUUUCCAUAGCGCUGAUAAUUGUUACGAUUCUGAACACGAGCGCUGGUAUUUGGGCCCUUGUUAGACAUGAACAAGUGGAUUUAUUACCAAUCUCGCAUCUGGAACACGCAUUUGAACUUGCCAUGUCAGAUGAUAAGUCUCUUUGGGAUCGUAUGCAUUCAAAGUUACGUUGUUGUGGAAUAAAUGGUCCAGCUGAUUAUCGUAAUCAAAAUGCUGUUCCUUGGUCUUGCUGUGAUAUGUCGUCAUUUACAAGCCCUAACGAUGAUAAAGGCAUCUGUACAACAAUGUAUGCUCACGGUUGUCAGCAUGUAGUAAUGAAUCGUACUAGAUCGAUUCUUCUACAUAUAUUUUUACUUGCAUUGUGUACAGUAUUAUUACAGGUAUGCUUCAUAACGUGCAUGUCAUGUUACGUAAGAGCGUGUCGGGAAAGGAUGGCGAGAAGAAAGGAGUUGAUGGUCGUUGCUCAAUCAUUCGCGCGAACGUCUAAGGAUUUAGGAACAGAUGAUAGUCUUUUAAAUCAACAAUCAAAGUAUUCCAAAGCAUCAAAUGAUGUUUAACGAUUGAUUAUUUUAUUACGAUCAAAACAGUCACAUUUUCGUGCUAUUCAUACUUGUA